ACGCCAUCUUUACGCCAGUUGCCACCGGUGGGUCUUCGGUCCAGCGGAGCGGCAGUGCUGUUGCUGAUCCACCACCAGGAAUCGCCGAGCAGCCGUUAAUCCCUUCCUUUCCACCGGGACGCCGCGAACAGUCCCAACCACCCCGAGCACCAUGGCAGACAGAGAGAACCUAGUAUACCAGGCGAAACUCGCCGAACAAGCGGAGAGAUAUGACGAAAUGGUGGAGUCGAUGAAGAAGGUGGCCAGUAUGGACGUAGAGCUGACGGUGGAGGAGAGGAACCUGCUCUCAGUAGCAUAUAAGAACGUGAUCGGAGCCAGAAGAGCUUCCUGGAGGAUAAUCAGCAGCCUCGAACAGAAAGAAGAAAACAAAGGCGGAGAAGACAAAUUAAAGAUGAUCCGAGAAUACAGGAAAACGGUUGAGAAAGAGCUGAAAUCAAUCUGCAACGACAUUCUGGAUGUACUGGACAAGCACCUCAUCUUAGCUGCAGUCGCGGGAGAAUCUAAGGUUUUCUACUACAAAAUGAAGGGAGAUUACCACAGGUACCUGGCAGAGUUUGCCACAGGCAACGACAGGAAGGAGGCGGCAGAGAACAGUUUGGUUGCGUACAAAGCUGCUAGCGACAUCGCCUUGAUCGAACUCCCUCCAACGCACCCCAUUCGUCUGGGAUUGGCCCUUAACUUUUCAGUUUUCUAUUAUGAAAUCCUCAACUCGCCGGACCGCGCUUGCAGGUUGGCGAAGGAAGCGUUUGACAAUGCCAUCGCAGAACUGGACACGCUGAGCGAGGAGAGCUAUAAGGACUCAACACUUAUCAUGCAGUUGCUACGUGACAACUUGACACUAUGGACCUCAGACGUGCAGGGAGAUGAGUCUUAAGGACAGCCCUCUUCCUUCACUCUUCCUCCAUUGUAGAAGUGUGUUUUGUGAAGAACAGAACAAAGAAGCACUGCAAGAUGCGGAGGAAGAGACCCAGUGAGACUGAACAACACAAGACAAGCCCUCCUCCUCUUCCUCCUCCUCUUCUUUCUCUCCUCCCAGCACUCGGGUUUAUACCGCAGCCCACACUCUUUCUCUACCUUCUCCUCCAUUUCUUUACCCAUCUGUCUCACCUUUUCUCCCCCCCUCCCUCGUAUGCACGUCAUCUCCCAGCGCCCCCACCCGGGCCUCCGUUCCCACUCCCACCCUCACCCCCUCCCUCGGGGGGUUUUACCUUAUGUUUUUUUUUUUUUUUUUUUGAUGACUCAUUUUUGCAAGCCUGUACCCUUUAAAAAGAAAAAGGUUCAUGUCCUCUUUUACUGUCUUUAUUUUGCUUUAUUUUUAUUUUAUUUUUGCUGUAUCAUCUGUUGCCAAGUAUGCUUGCCUGUAUUUGUAACACACACUUACACACACACACACAACACACACACACACACACAUAUGCAAGAGUUUAUUUAAAGAUACUUUGCUGGGUUUUUUUUUUUUUUGUUGUUUUCCUGUGUGUAUGUGUGUUUAUGAACAAUAUCGUGUCCGUGCUUCUGUCGGGUCGGUUUUGGAAAAACAACAGUGAUGGAAGGUUUAAAAAGGGAUGCGUUAAAAGCUUUUAGGACAAACUAUAAGUGCCCUCUUUUACUUUGUGGUUACCAAACCUGCUCCUUCAACACAUCAAUAGGUUGGGGGUUUUUUUUUUUUUUUUUUUUAAAUAACAAACAGCAGACUGUCCCUCCCUCCCUCCCUCCCUCCACCUCCACCGCCUCCCGUUCUCCGAGCAUCACUCUGACCUCUAUUCUUGUCCACUCUCGGACCAAGUAUUGUGCUGCGAGGCUGUAGCGCUUUUUGCUAAUGGCAGAUAGUUAGGUAAUGGCUUUUUAGCAGACAAAACUGUGUGUGUGUGCGCGUGUGCGUGGGAGGGGAAUGCUCAACACUCUUUGAUUGUAAUGUAAUGCAGUUUUGCAUUGGCACUAUAUUAAAAAAGAAACUAAAAAUAAAAAAGAAACCAACAGUUUGGGAAAUAGAGGCCUGCUGUAUCUUUACUCCCCUGACUCUUUCAGGUUUUCCUCUCUCUCUCUCUCUCUCUCUCUCUCUCUCUCUCUCUCUCUCUCUCUCUCUCUCUCUCUCUCUCUCUCUCUCUCUCUCUCUCUCUCUCUCUCUCUCGUCUCUUUCCUCUCGUUUUUCCUCUCUUCCUUCUGUUCAGUAUGUGUAACGUGAAUCUGAUUUGUACUACUGGAUGUUCUCACCCGGAGCCACAAGUACCAUCUGUAUUCUUACUGAAACACAGCAUGGAAUUAACAUUAAACUUUAAAUUGAGAAAUGUUAAA